AUGCAAGUGCCGGUUCUCGGCUGCACUUUCCUCACGCUGUCAGAUCGUGAGGAAAGUACUGCCGAGAACCGGCAGUUGUCAGAGCGGGGAUCGGCACCGAUCAUCAGGGCACUGAUGAUCAGUGCCCUGAUGAUCGGUGCCCAGAAGUGCCACCUACCAGUGCCACCCACCUGUGCCCACCAGUGCCACCCACCUGUGCCCACCCACCAGUGGUGCCCACCAGUGCCGCCCACCAGUGCAGCCCAGCAGUGCUGCCAGUCAGUGCCACCAGUCAGUGCCCAGGGGUUGUGCCAGUCAGUGCCGCCAGUCAGUGCCCAGAAGUGAUGCCAGUCAGUGCCGUCUAUCAGU